AUGGAGACACUGCUAGGAGCCAUUCAAGCAAUGGAAAAGAACGGGUACGAAAUUGCUGCUCUCGUCCAGGCGCCAGGCAGUAUUAGCAAUUCUCCACGGAUAGUGUGUUCGAGAACUUUGAACGCACGCUUGCAAACGACACUGUGGGAAAUUUACGAAGCUCAUCAACAGCAACGGCAAGAAUCUCAGAACAAAGCAGACGCAACUCUGGACACAGAAGUGCCAGUUUUGGAACUGGACCUGAGAAAUGCGUAUGCUGUGGAAAACUACCUAAAAAAUGUCUUUUCUAUGCUGCGUCAGUUGCAAUGUAAAGCCAUCGCCAAGGCAUGGAUUAAAGUGGUAGAGCCUCGGAAAAAAGCCAGAUACCCUUACAUCAAGGGCGAGCUCUUCAAACCGUAUUGGUGGCCACCAAACGUGGAACAUAAGGAACCUGAUCACUUACGCAAACCGCAAAGGAUUAUGCUAAUGAUCGCCAUUCUUACAAGACUUAUACCGCAUUGCAAUGAUCCUAAUUUACUGCUCAAGCUCAAGAAAUCCACGAUGUCUAUCCACUUUCCCAAAAAUUUUAGUCAUCAUCAAAUAGCGCUGGACUACGUGUACAACAUUUGCGGAGCGUUAUGUUCGGGCUUGACAACAGUUGCUGCUGUCGAUUGCAAUCUACUACAAACGGUAAAAGCAGGUUCAAAAAAACACAAGACGAUCAAAAUGGAUCCUGCGCUAGAACGGCUUACUCUACUUGGAACUAUAAGUCCCGUUAGUCUAGAUGGCGCGGAAAGUAGGCCUGGAAGUGGCUCGUUCCAGUCAUUGAUACAAUCGUUUCAUGAGGGGCAGCCAAUUAAGAAUGAGCCGUGUGUUAAUAUCCAGCCCGGUUCUCGGUCAUACUCUUCUGAUGCCAGCCUUAUGAAAUCGUCAAGCAUGCGCGCUCAGUCGUGUGUAUCUUCCGCCUCCAAUGAGUGUCUGAGUGCUGACCAUUUCAGUGACCUCGACCAUGAUUUUGUAAGGUUCUGUGAAUCAAAGUCUAGCUUUGAGUACUGA